AUGAUAGCGCCAGGAGGCGAUGAUCGAUGGCAAGACCAUAUCUCCAAGAGAACUCUUGAGCGAAUGGUACUCGGCUUGAUGGAACGGAAAGAACACGAGCAAGUGCUGUUUCAAUACCAGGUGUGCAUAUAUUCGAAGGAACUCUUCCGUAUCUCCAGAUGGUCUACAGUCCGCCAAAAUCAAGCACUCGGCCAGCAGCUUGAACAAUCCCAGAAGUAUUACAAAGCAGCAGCCCUGAAUGCGUUAAAGCAGAUCAGUGUCUUGUCGUCACCAACCCUUGUACUUUUACAAUCUUUACUGUCCGGGGCAAUGCUCAUGCAGUUUCUUGGAAACAUGUCGCAGAGCUGGAUGUUGACAUCGUUCGCGGCUCGUACUAUAACAUUUCUCGGUUAUCAAUCAUUGGAUACAAAUGCAAGCAGCGAGAGCGACAUUGAGAUACGUGCCUGUGUUUUCUGGUGUCACUACUUGGACAAAGUCCUGAGCUCGCUUUUCAUGAAGCCACCAUCACUUCCACAGUUGGAAGUUAGUCCAGUUCUUCUGUUGCACCUGGACUCCGGUUCAUCCUCAGACGUGGUCAGAUUCAUGGGGCAUAUGGCAUGUAUAUUGGAGAAGGCGCUCGAGGUGCAGUUGCAUCCAAACCAAACGACCAGCAAAGAGCAAAGAGCAGCAAUGCUGGAUGAUCUGAUUCAAGAGACAAAUAAUCUUCGCACCCGAAUUGAUAAGCAACAAUCGCGAUUAUCGGUAUCAAGUACCACUAAGAACGACUGGGUCACAGCUGAAUUUUGCUCCCACACCAUGCUGAACAACUUCUUUCAGUCCCGAUUCCGACUACUACAGGAGAAGGAAGACCGAGGGAGAUGCCUGGAAAGCGCUCGUAAAGCGCUCUCUAUUUUCAUCGAUUUACAAAGCAGUGCCGUUCAAUCUAACCCAUCGCAACCCGACGUAUCAUUUCUUACUUGGACAAUCCUUUUAUUUCCCCUCCGUCCAUUCUUUUCCCUAUUUUGCAAUGUGGUCAAGACUUCGAAUAUUCGAGACAUGCAAUUGAUGCAGAGCGCCACAUCCGCACUUGAGCCCUUCAAGACAUUUAUACCAGCAGACAGGCUGCGUCGGUUAUUUGAAACUUUGCUCGACCUCUGUCAGCCUCUGUUCUUGGUCGACAUGGAAAUCUCUAAUCAGUCGGCCCCUGGGGUGGAUGCUACUGCUGCAUCGAUUAGUGUGCAAGACAGCAUCGAGCAGUUAAAUGCUAACGGAAGACUCACCGGGCCAGAAUGUGUGGAGCUUGGUGUUGAUGCUGCAGAGAACCUAGUGGGCUCUGAAGAGACAGUGUCGAGCAUGCCCUGGGGCGAGGAACAAAUGUUAGACCUUUUCAACAGCGAGCCAUGCCUGGAAUGGCUAGAGAUGGUGUCGUUCGGUUUGCCGCAGCCUGAUUCAAAUGAUUAG